AUGGAUUAUGUCGCUACUCUUCAUUUCGUUGCUUUACUGUUUGUAGCCUCAGUCUGUAACUUUACAUUUGCGCCAGUGGUGUCAUAUCCAACUGGCCCUCAUCCUCCGGACUCGGUCGCCGUAGGUGAUUUCAACAACGACACUCGACUGGAUAUCGCUGUCACCACUUAUCGCGGUAGCAAUGCGGGAGUCUUUCUUGGAUAUGGUAAUGGAACGUUUGCAGUACAAGCGACGUUUUCAACUGACUAUAAUCCGUGGGCAGUUACCAUUGCUGAUUUCAACAACGACACUCGACUGGAUAUCGCUGUCGCCAAUGGAUUCGAUAACAACGUGGGUGUGCUUCUUGGGUAUGGUAAUGGAACUUUUGCAGCGCAAACGACGUUUUCAACUCCCAGUAAUCCGUGGGCGAUCGCUGUUGCUGAUUUCAACAACGAUAGUCGACUCGAUAUUGCUGUCGCUAAUCAUGACAGUAACACUGUAGGUGUCCUUCUUGGCUAUGGUAAUGGAACUUUUACAGCGCAAACGACGUUUACAACUGGCACUGGGCCGUACUCAGUCGCCGUUGGUGAUUUCAACAACGACACUCGACUAGAUAUUGUUGUCGCGAAUUUUGGCGAUAACAAUGUGGGUGUCCUUCUUGGAAAUGGCGAUGGAACUUUUGCAGCGCAAACGACGUUUUCAGCUGGCAAUAAUCCGAACUGGAUCGUCGUCAGAGAUUUCAACAACGACACUCGAUUGGAUAUCGCUGUCACCAAUGGACCCGAUAACACUGUGGGUGUCCUUCUGGGGCAUGGUAAUGGAACUUUUGCAGCUCAAACGACGUUUUCAACUGGGAAGAAUCCACAAUCGCUAACCGUCGGAGAUUUCAACAACGACAAUCGACUGGAUUUCGCUGUCGCCAAUUAUGGCACUGCUAGUGUGAGUAUCCUUCUUGGCUAUGGUAAUGGAACUUUUGCAGCGCAAACGACGUUCCCAACUGGCAAUAAUCCGGAUGGAGUCGCCACUGGUGAUCUCAACAACGAUAAUCGACUGGAUAUCGCUGUCGCCAGUAGCACGUUGGGCAUUCUUUUGAAUACUUGUUAUUGUUGUGCUCCUUAA